AUGCUUCGGGUCCACAGACUGUAUUCUACCAGAGGAGCGGCCGAGGUGUUACAUGCUGCCCCAAAAUAUGCGCUUAGAUGUGGUCUCGAAAUCCAUACGCAACUGAAUACAAGAAAUAAGUUGUUCUCACUCUCCACUAAUGACCCGUUCCAAGCAGCCGCAACGCCUAAUUAUCACACUUCAUUUUUUGAUAUCUCGCUGCCAGGCACACAGCCGCGGCUGAAUUAUGAGGCUGUCUUGUAUGCGAUUAAGCUGUCCCUGGCCCUGGAUUGCCGCGUGAACCUGAAAUCCCAGUUCGACCGAAAACACUACUUUUACGGCGACCAGCCGCUGGGCUACCAGAUUACACAGCACUAUAAUCCCAUUGCGAAAGACGGGAAGCUCUGUCUGUAUGGUGCAUAUGAUAACAUUCCCGAAGACGAAAAAACGAUUGGUAUCAUCCAGUUGCAGUUGGAACAAGACACCGGGCGCUCCUUGUAUAAAGACACGGAUGGCAUGACGUUAAUUGAUCUAAAUCGUUCGAAUGUACCGUUGGUUGAGAUGGUCACACAGCCUGAUUUCACAGAUGUGAAGCAGGUCAGGGCUUUUGUCAAGAAAUACCAAAAUCUGGUCAGGCACCUGAAUAUCUCCACGGGUGACCUGGAAACGGGCGCAAUGAGGGUUGAUGUUAAUAUGUCCGUUAAUGGACAUGCACGUGUGGAGCUGAAAAACCUCCCGAAUACAAGCUCAAUCACAAACGCGAUAAGGUAUGAGUAUCAACGUCAAGUUGAUAUUAUCCGCAGUGGGCAAGCAGACAAAAUGUUAAAAGAUGUUGAAACUCGUGGAUGGACCGGUUCGGCGACAAUUAAGCUAAGAAGUAAGGAGAGUACCAUUGAUUAUCGAUACAUGCCGGAUCCGGAAAUCCCAGUUCUGUUGCUGGAGCCUGAGGUAGUACAUAGAGUGGCGACGGCGCUCCCAGAGCUGCCCGAUCAAACAUUGAGAAAGUUGAUGGCAGAACCUUACAACUUAUCUCUGAAGGAUGCGAAGAUAUUGACCACUAACAGUAAUAGUCACGGAAAUUUCUACACUCAUCACGACCUGCGGAAUUACUUUAUGAAAACCUUCCAGUUAUUUACUGCAAAAACUGGCGCGUCCAACAGUAAGCUUCCUGCCAAUUGGAUCAUUCAUGAGUUGCUGGGAAUUAUUAACAAGUUGGAGAUUCCUCUACCAAAAAUCCUGCAACUUCUACCUGCAUCUCAUUUUGCAGAAUUUUUGGCUUUGAUACACGAUAAUGAACUUUCAAAAUCUAGCGCUAAAUUGCUCCUUUUCCAUAUCAUUAAUGACUUCAAGGAAAGUCAUUGUUCAAACUUGGCUUUGCCUGAUUUCCGUCUUCUAAUCGAACAGUAUAACCUGAAUCCCCUAAACGAAGUUGAAGAACAUGCUUUGACUGAACUUUGUCAGUAUGUGCUGCGUGAAUUGAACGACGACGCGCUCGUGGCCGAUCUUGUCUCUGGAAAGAAAAAGAAUGCCUUGAAAUUUCUACUUGGGAAAGGUAUGCGCCUAUCCCAAGGUAAAGUGGAUCCCGCCUUGCUAGAAGGAGCCUUCAAGAGUGUCCUUGGAAUCAAGUGGUAG